CUUGAGUCUCUCCACUGUUGUUCUGCUCCAGUAAAAGAAGAACCAUCAUGGGAAGUAUUAGUUUUGGGGUGAUCCUUGCUAUUCUGGCCUCAGUCAUCAUGGCUAUCAAUGCUUUUGUGAUUACUACCCUGGUUCGGCCGAUCUGGAAGACUGGAUAUUUGGGGCUGUGUUUUGUUUUAAAUCUUGCCGUCGCCGAUGCCUUGGUUGGCUUUAGCAUAACAGGUCUUGUCACUGAAGAGCUGUAUGGUCCCGAGCACAAGACCCCCCAAAAGUACUGCCUCCUACGCAUGGCCUGUAUUACUUGCCCCUCGGCUGCCUCCAUCUUCACGGUCAUCCUGAUCUCCUUUGACAGAUACCUGGCCAUUGAGCAUCCUUUCCAAUACCUGAAAAUUAUGUGCGCUCCAGUCGUUGGGGCUUGUGUUGGAGGGCUCUGGCUUUUGGCCAGCUUGAUUGGCUUCCUCCCUGUGAUUGUUCGCCGCUUCCAGCAGAAGGAUUAUCAAGGGCAGUGCACCUUCUUUGCAGUCUUCCAGCCCACGUACAUGCUCACUGUCUUCUGUGUUGGAUUCUUCCCAGCUUGCUUUGUGUUCAUCUACUUUCACUGCCAUCUGCUGAAGGUGGCCUCUCUGCACGCUCAGCAGAUCAGAGAGCAAGGGCCCCCUGGGUCAGCAGCAACCUGCCUACCUCCUCCAAUCUCCAGUGCCACAAAGGCUGUGCGCACCGUGGCCAUCCUUGUGGGGUGUUUUGUAAUAUCCUGGUCUCCCUUCUUUAUUGGGAGCCUCAUACAGAUCGUAUGUCAGGACUGCCCCCUGCAUUACGUUCUUGAGCGUUACCUCUGGGUGCUAGGCAUGUGCAACUCUUUGGUGAAUCCUUUGGUUUAUGCCUUCUGGCAGAAGGAGGUGCGUCUGCAGAUCCAUCAGAUGUGCUUGUGCAUGAAGAUGAAAGUCUUCCCCCUGUUCUGUGUUGACAACCACCCUCAUGCUCCCAGCAGAACUGUGGUCUUGGUGCACGCAAUCUCACUGGCCCAACCUGUGGAGUGA